UCAUCUUGUACUCCCAACUCCAUAGGACUAUCAUCAAAGCUUGACACGUGGAAACCUCGUGACGCUCAAUUUUAAUAUACGCACUCAAAGCGCAUUUUAUCAUAGGCCGCCCUUCCUGCCGCCACUUCCGACUCUGACCAAACUCAUCACCACAUACAAAUUAAAAAUAUAGACAUGUCACUCCUUUCAUUUACACCGUCACACUCCCAUGCGCACUUUAGCCCCUCCCCCUUUCCCAUGUCCAUCCUACGCUGCCUCAAUUUAAACCUCAACAACAACCUUCGUUUCCGCCGACGAUUCGCCACCAUAUCCGCCGCCGUUCGUCAGGACACCACCGUCUGGACCCCAGCUCCUCUGUCUGUGAUCGAGCCAGCCGCUGAGUCGCUAUUCCACGUCUCCAUCGACGUUUCCGACGCGCCAGACCUUGCUACGUCCCACACGCGCGCCGGUCAGUACCUUCAGCUCCGAAUUGCCGACUUACCGAAACCGUCGUUUCUGGCCAUCGCGUCACCACCGAAGCUCGCAUCGGCGCGUGGCGUGUUCGAGUUUCUGGUGAAGAGUGUUGCGGGGUCCACAGCAGAAGCGUUGUGUGCGUUGAAGAAAGGAGAUGUGGUUGAACUCAGUCAGGUUAUGGGGAAUGGUUUCGACAUCAGUCGGAUCAACCCGCCCGAGAAAUUCGGAACCGUUCUUGUCUUCGCCACAGGAUCCGGAAUUAGUCCAAUUCGGUCACUUAUUGAGUCAGGAUUUGGUGCUGGCAAGAGGUCUGAUGUGAGACUAUAUUAUGGGGCCAGAAAUCUUCAGAGAAUGGCUUAUCAAGAUAGAUUUAAAGACUGGGAAUCUUCCGGUGUGAAGAUUGUGCCUGUAUUGUCUCAACCAGAUGACAGUUGGAAGGGAGAAAAUGGCUUUGUACAGGCUGCAUUUACGAGAGCAAAGGAAAUAUCUAACCCUUUGUCAACUGGUGCUGUACUUUGUGGGCAGAAACAGAUGACUGAGGAAGUUAUAUCUAUUCUUACUGCUGAUGGAGUAUCAGCUGAGAAGAUACUAAAGAAUUUCUGACCAUAAUGGAAUUUUUGGCAUUGUUGUACCAUUUUUUAAACUAUAGUUAUUUGUUUAUUGCUGUUGCUGAGGAUCGAGGAUCUCAGCAUGGAGUGUAAAAUAAACAAUUUUGGAAUUUAGUUCAUAGUUAGAAACCACUUUCGCAGUUCAAAUAUAGGACAGAAACCCAGGUCUUUUUUUUUUUGUAAAAAAAGGCGAAGGGUUUAUUGCCGUGCACUAUAUACAAUGUUCUUCUUGUUAUAUUAAUUUAUGUAUUAUCAGACAGCAGUCAUCAAAAUAUAUUGAUAUUAUGAUUCACCAA